UUCAGCAUACUCCCCAAAAGAAACCACUCCCUGACUCCGUGACACCGCCGCCGCCCCCUGACUCCGCCGUGACACCGCCGCCGCCCCCUCAGCUCUCCAUAGAAGCCCUAAAAUCGGAGCGAUCUCUCUCAUCCCCCCACUUCAAAACAGGCAUGACAGAUAUUGAGGAGUUUGAUGAUGUAGAUGAUGAUGGCUUGAAUAAUUGCUCGGUUGAUGAGAGAUCUGAGUUGCCUCAGCACACUGAUCAGCGGAUUGAGCAAAAUGAGCCUAAAAUUGGGAUGGAGUUUAAUGAUCCAGAUGAAUUGUUUGAGUUUUACAAAGACUAUGCAAAGAGCAGUGGAUUUCCAAUUAAGAAACAUACAAGAAGGAAGAAUGAAAUGGGCAUUGUUAGAAGUAUGACUUUAGCAUGUGGUCGAGCUGGCAAACAUAAUUGUACUUGUCAAAAUCCCUUAAAACCACAAGCAAGCUACAGAGUUGGGUGUAAGGCAAAGGUAACAGCUAGGUUAAAUCUGGACGGAAGAUGGGAAAUUUCUGUGGUUGUUCUGGAGCAUAAUCAUGGCCUUAGCCCUAGUAAAAGUCAUUUCUUUCGAUGCAACCGAAGAAUUAGUGCACAUGUUAGACAUAAAAUUAAUCUGAAUGAUCAAGCCGGAAUCAAAAUCAAUAAAAAUUUCAGCUCACUGGUACAUAAGGCUGGUGGAUAUGAGAAUCUGUUGUGUGAUGAAAAGGCUUGCAGCAACUUGGUUGAUGAAUCAAGGUGUUUACGUCUCGGCGAAGGUGAUGCUUCAGCGAUUAUGAAAUAUUUUUCAAGGAUGGUUGCAGAAAAUUCAGGUUUCUAUUUUGAUAUUGAAUUGGAUGAUGAAGAUCAUUUAAAAAAUGUAUUUUGGGCAGAUGGUAGGAGCAGAGAAGCUUAUAAAGAGUUUGGUGAGGUCGUCACUUUUGAUACCACAUACUUAACAAAUAAGUAUGAUAUGCCAUUUGCACCAUUUGUUGGCGUUAACCAUCACGGGCAAUCAAUUUUACUUGGAUGUGGGUUGAUUUCAAAAGAAGACACAAAGACUUUCAUAUGGCUAUUUACAAAGUGGGUUGAAUGCAUGGAUGGAUGUGCUCCGCAAGGGAUAAUAACUGACCAAGCAAGAGCCAUGAAAAAUGCAAUUGAGAUUGUUUUUCCAAACACUAGACACAGAUGGUGUUUGUGGCAUAUAAUGAAGAAGCUGUCAGAAAAGUUAGGAAGGUACACUGAAUAUGAGGCUAUCAGUUCUACCAUGAAAGGAGUGGUGUAUGACGCACAAAGUCCACAAGAGUUUGAAAAACAGUGGAAUGAAAUGGUUGACAUGUAUGGAUUGGAGGAUUGUGAUUGGUUACAUGAAUUGUACGAGGAGAGAAACCGAUGGGUUCCAUGUUUUGUCAAAAAUCAUUUUUGGGCAGGAAUGUCAACUACUCAGCGAAGUGAAAGCAUGAAUGCUUUUUUUGAUGGAUAUGUCAAUUCAAAAAUAAGUCUAAAACAGUUUGUUGAGCAGUAUGAAAAUGCAUUAAGAAGCAAGGCGGAAAAGGAGAUGCAGGCCGAUGCAGAGUCAUUUUCAAAAGUAAAAGCUACUGCAACAACUUAUGAUAUGGAGAAUCAAAUUCAGGGAGUCUACACUUUAGCAAAGUUUAAAGAGUUUCAAGCUGAAUUCACGGGAAAGAUAUAUUGUGAUAUUGUAAACUAUCAGGAGGGAGCAGGGGUGCUUGAGUAUGUCAUUCGGGACUUGACUUUGCGGUUGGAGAGCGGCAAAAGGAUUCCUAAAUUCUUCACAGUAUCCUUUCGUGAAAAGGAUUGUGAAGUUCAAUGUAGUUGUCGGUUGUUUGUGUUUAAAGGCAUAGUAUGUAGGCAUGCCCUUACCAUUCUUAUCCGUCACGAAGUGAGCUUUCUUCCGGAAAAGUACAUUCUAAGAAGGUGGAGAAAGGAUGUGAGGCGAGCCCACUCGAAGAUGAAAGUUAAAUUUAAUACUUGGGUUGUCACACCUGAACAAAUACGCUAUCACGAGCUAUGUCUUGCAUUUAGUGAGGUUGCUGAUCUUGCUGCUCAAAACAACCAUGAAUGUGAGGUUGUUAAAAAAUGGAUAGACACCAAAUUUAGAGAACUACAACUUGCUGAAUCAAGUCAGAAAGGAAAAGAAGUACCGAUGAAUCAUGAUUUUGUGGAAGAAGAAAAGGACCAUGAAAAGGAGGAAAAUGAAAACAUAGUAUGGGGUUGACACAAUUGUAUGGAUUGCAUCAAAGAAACAUGAUGUGAUGCAUCAAACCUAUGGGGCCCUGUUGAGAAAAAACCACCACAAGUUCCUGCUAUUGUAUGUUUUGUUCCUGAUGCUGUUUGGCUCCUGAUGCUUCUGGUUGUGAAGCCUCUUUUAUCGAAGGACUGAUUACUACUUGAAGACAUUUCCAGCUGACUUUUAGAUGUUGAAAGCUUUUUUCCCCUUAUCGAAGGGCUGAUGCUUUUGGCUCCUGUUAAAUUUAAAACUUCUGGAUGAUAUUGAAUUUUGUUAUGCUCGACUAUCUUAGUUAAUACAAUAUGCUGAUAAUAGAACUUGCAUGUUUCUGGAUGAUAUUGAAUUU